AUGGAUUCAUAUGAUGCAGUUCGUGAUUUGCAUGCAUGGAGGACCGACUGGAACAUUGGCGUCAAGGUCUUGAGGCGAUGGUUUAUUGUUCAUCGAAAUGGGAAUCCAGGCUUAGCAUUCGUUUUCGUUGAUGAACACGGCUCUAGAAUUUAUGGUACUUGUGGUGCUACGUGUUAUGAGUACUUCGAGAGGGUUUGCCCUGAAGGAGGAUGGGUAAGACUGACCAAUUUCGGCUUGAUUCGGUCGGAUUGGGAAAGGAAGGAAAGAGUUACUAAACACAAAUCCCAGAUCACUCUCAACUCGGAGACCAAGGCUUCACGGAUCAGGCCAUUGUCUGAAGAUCCCUUCAUGAAUUUCGUUGAUUUUGAUGAUAUUUAUAAUCGUCCUUAUAAUCUCUUGUACCCAGUCGAUCUUAUUGGAGUGUUGGUGAAUGUUGAUGAACUCUUAACAUCUGAGUCCUCAAGUGGAAGUACUGAAAAAAUGCUGAAGUUCACUAUCAAGAAUCUUGAGUAA